AUGUUUGGAGUAAGUUGGGCUGCAGUUGGCGCCGGAGGAGAUGGCCUUCUUGAGCGAGAACGGAAUCCGCCCCCAAAGCCUAUUCCACUGGAGUUUCCCAACUACGUCCCUCCACGCUGUAACAGCCCGUUGACCCGGCAGCACAUCAAGAACGUCUGUGGAGAGCUCGCUUCGAUUCGUAAACUACCCGACAUCCGCGACGAUCAUCUCGCCCAUCUCAAUAUCCACCUGCUCCAACAUGUUCCACUUCCAGAGUUGGUGCCCAACAAGCAAUUCCACUCACGUCCACUGCUGUACGACAAUGAUCUAACAGCGAUGCUCGAAGAACUUGAAGUCGGUAAUGAAGAUGCGUAUCGAGAAGUGCUCAGACUUGCACCUCUUGAAGGGAGGAAGAAACCCCGCCUGGCAUACUCAAGGAACUUUUUCGCUAGUUUGGAGGACAUGAGUCGGUACUGGGACUAUAGCAAAGAUAAUUAUUACGAGGUUGAAUCCAGUGCCACGGAAGACCAGGCCAAGGACACCGAGCAGAAGACCGAAUAUAUCGAGAAGAGCGUCAGUAACGCAACUGAUAUUGAGAUGCAAGAUCCUGUCGAGAACUCACAGAGUUCUGGGCAAGAAAUUGGGCAAACGGCAAAUCACAACCACUCACCUGACAGUCAAGCACCCAUGUUCCCCCUCGAGAUGCCUAGCCGCCCAAAGAUGAAGCAGGUAUACAAGGGACAGCGCCUCGGGAACGGCGAGCAGAUGAGCCCUGGUACCCGAGUUUCGGCAGUGAGGAAUCUUUUGAAAAUGGCCGUCCACAAAUUCAACUGCCGAGAUUACGACGUGAGCCCGAGAGAGAAGUUGAGAAUUCACAACAUCAAUAUCCCAUCUGUGUCCUAUAAUUUUUGCGUUGCAAAGUUACCGACUGAUACGAAGCUUUUGAGGGCGAGGAUGGUGGAAGGGCCUGUGAUGGCAGUCCAUUGCAGACACGAGGUAAGAUUCAAGUCGAGGGACGGGCUCCUGAGCGCGACGAGUGAUUUUGUGGGCGAAAAGUUUGAUCUAUUUCGCGAAAUCGGCGGCAUGUUGAUGCUCGCAAAGCAGAGAGCACGAGAAGGGCAGACGCUAUCCAAAGAACCGGGCGAGCAUCAGUGGUGGGCUAUUAAGAGCCGAUGGGGUGGUGGCGAGACGAGAUGGGGCCAGCUUGCAAGCGAAGUCUUUGAGGAUGAAGAUCCAAGCUGGAGUCCGGGCGAAAGGCGACUACAACUUGGAAAGCGGGAGGAAGAAGAAGAGGAACGCAGGAAGGCAGAGGCCGCCGCUGCAGCCGACCUGAAGAAUCUCAAACCAGAAGACCUAAUGUCGGGUCCGGCGUCACCUAGCGAGAGGCCAAAGAAGAAGAAGAAAAGUGGUGAAGCGGGCGCCUCGCCGAAAGACAAGGCUGAAUAUAAAGACGGGAGACGACUGAUGUAUGUCCCGCCCCUACGGCGGAAGUGGUAUCAAGAGUGGUUGAAAGUCCGCCCAAAUGGCCCCUAUUGGGACGAGAAGGUGAUCCAUCGGAGAAUUGGUAAGCAAAGUCAAGAUGAAGGGCCGCCUGGCUGGGACGACAUCUUCAUGAUAUCGGCCGCAAACCAUCACGCGUGCAUUUUGAAGCUGAGUGUGCACGAGAAGUAUCUGGACUGGCUGGAGACCGGCGGGCAGGUAGAUGCACGGGCUGAGUCGCAGGAGACGGCAAGCAAGGCGGACGUGCACCAGCGGCAAGAACAUGUUCUCUACGUGAGCAGGAGCCCGUGGCUGGAUCUGUUUGAUGUUGAGCAAAGAAAGGAAUUGCUUGUCGGGAUAUGGAGGAUCCUGAGCUGGAUCAACCGACACGAGGUGCCGCGAGGAGAGAUUGAGAAGAUGGAAACGCUCAAAAGUUCUCAGCAACAACAGGGAGAAGCUCAGGGCGAAGACCACCAGAUGGAGCUCUGA